AUGACCGACCCCUACCCCCAGCACCAACAACAACCAUACCCCCCUCCUGUCCCAAACAGCGAGACUCCGUACUACUCUCCCCCGGAUGGCGUCUACCAGCACGCAGGAUACGACUACGAACCGCAACAGUUCUACAACCAGCAUGCACUGCCGAAUCAAGAUCCCGCUUAUAGUUCUCAGUACGACGUGACCCGGUUUCCUCGGUCUUAUCCGACACAAUGGAAUCCGCAGGCUGCUAGUAGCAGCAAUACCAACCUCAACAAUGUUAAUAAUGAGACUAAUGCUGCUGUUCCGCAAUAUGAUCCCGAUCGUCUGGCACCGGGCUACGAACCGCCUGUUCGGAGGGGGAGUAAUGCUGAGUAUUAUGCCCAAUCCGCCGCAGAGAUGCAAGCCCCUCCUCCUCCUGCUCCUCCAGCCCCAGAGACCGAACAGCAGUCCCGCGCCUACGAUAAUGACCCUACCACCGCUGGUGCUGCUGUCGGUGAAGAAGAAGAAGGCGAGCGCAGCCUGGGCGGGGCUGUCCUGGGCGGCGCGACGGGGUAUUAUCUGGGACAUAAGAAAGACCAUGGACUCUUGGGUGCAGUUGGGGGUGCGAUUCUGGGAAACUUCAGGUGGAGGAAGUGGAGGUUGAUGAUGAUCGCGAGACGGAGUAUACGAGGUAUCAUAGUAGUCAUUAUCGGCGGUCGUCGAGUCAUGGACAUGGUCAUCAUCAUCACCAUCACCAUCACCAUCACCAUCAUCAUGGUCACGGUCAUGGACAUCGGAGUCGGAGUCGUAGUCGUGAGAGAUGUUGAUGUUGGGUGUUGGAUGUUGAUACCCUCUUUGUAUCUGUUUUAUGCUUCUACUUACUUAUCCCCCAAGACAAAAACCUUCACCCAACUGAUCCCAUCCAAGAGAUGA